CUGUUCUUGGAAGGCGGCAUCGGGUGGAGAACUGCUGUUAGUCUGUACUGUGUUUAUUGUUAAGGUUGUGUGGAUUAGCACUGCGGUACCCAGUUUCUUAUUGUAAUAGCUACAAUAUAACUUUAAGAUUAGUUAAAGAUGCGGGACCUGCUGCGAUCUCAUUACUUAGCUGGUGUUUCCUGUGACUGACAGAAAAGGAAAUUACCCAAGACACCAGAAAACAUGAAGGAACGUUGAAAAAAAGAAGCUAAACCAUGACACUUGACCCAAACUGAUCACCACUUUCCAAGGAAAUUCCACCAUCUGCCACAAGAUCCGUCUGCUAAUGGCUAACUCAGUGGCCUUAGUGGUCCAAGCAGAAAUCCUACCACCUCAGUCCACUACCCCUCUCUCUCAUUUCCCAUCACUUCUUGGCUCAGGGGAGGAUGGUGAAGAGGACAAGGAGAGAGUGGAGCUGGAGGAGGGACAUAAGGGGGUUGUGGAAGGUGGAGAGGAGGUUGUGCUGGACAUGGUGACGUCAUCAGUUUCAGGGCCAGCUCAGCAGCCUGAACAGUCAGAUCAUCCCUUCCAGUGUCUGGACUGUGGCAAGAGCUUCAGGUGGUCAUCCAGGCUGACUCAUCACCAGCGGAGCCACAACAAUGAAAGACCCUACCGUUGCAACCUCUGCCCUAAGGCCUUCAAAGGCUCUUCUGCUCUGCUCUACCACCAACGGUCUCACUCAGGGGAAAAGCCCUAUAAAUGCCAGGACUGUGGUAAAGCCUUCAAACGCUCAUCUCUUCUCCAGGUCCAUCAGAGUGUCCACACAGGGGUUCGUACCUUUGUGUGCCCUUAUUGCCCUCUGACUUUCAAGUGGAGUUCCCACUACCAGUAUCAUCUGCGCCAGCACACUGGAGAGUGCCCGUACCUGUGCGACACUUGCCCCAAGGCUUUUAAGAACUCGAGCAGCCUGCGGCGACACAAGAAUGUUCAUCUUGGUCUCAAGCCUUACACAUGCAAAGUGUGUAAUAAAUCCUUCACUCAGUCUACGAACCUGAGGCAGCACAUGAGGAUACACACAGGCGAGAGGCCUUACAUCUGCAGCGAAUGCGGACGAAGCUUCACGCAUUCGUCGAACUUGGCUCUGCACAAGAACUCUCACGCCAACCUCAAUGCAGGAGGGAAAGAAGGAAAGAACGGAAGAAAAGGAAAUGAGGUAGUGGAGGUGGUGGUCAGGUCAGAGGAAGUGACAUCGUCAAUGUUGACAGACAUGGUAGGAUUUGUGAGCCAGGAAGGAACUGAUGGAGUCGGGGUGGGGAUGGAAGAAGUGUUCCUGUCAACCACCUCCUCUGGUCAGAAUCCAAGCCUUCUUCCCCAGCUUACCCUCACUACUUCUGGGGAAGACGUGUGCACAUCUAGGGCCAUUGGGACGGAGGUUCACCUGAGCACUGACACCGGGGCCAGUGUGCUACUGUACAGUUGUGGUAGCUGUAGUCAAACGUUUGGCACACGGACAGAGCUAGAAGACCACCAGGCCAUCCACAUGCCUCCAGAGGAACAUGGGGCUGGAGGAGAGGCAGGGCAUGGGGGAGGGAUGGAGGUUGGGGAUGGACUUGUGGGAGCUGGACACCUGUUGGCUGACUUUGAGGAGGUGGUGGAGACGACUACUGUGGCUGAAAGUGGACACACAACAGAGGUGCUGCUUGGUUUAGCAGAGGGAGCAGAUGGAAACAAUGCAAAUGUGAGCACCACCCAAGCCCAGUUUGACCUGUUACAGAGCUUCACCGAGGUGACUCAGAGCUCUGAGGCUGUUCAGCCAGAGGCCAGAACCACAUGGGCAGGGCUCUCAUGUGGCUACUGCAAUAAGACCUUUAAGACCAGUGGAGGCCUCAACAGACACGUGUCACUGAUGCACUCCCUUUCAUCACAGUCCCGAUCCCAGUUCAGCUGCUCUGCCUGUGAUCGCUCUUUCCCUCUUCUCUCUUCACUCCUCACCCACCAACACUCCCACACCCCCGAGCAACGCCUCCUGGCAGAGGCAGAGGCUGAGAUAGUAUGCCCUCCGUCCCUUUCCCUAUCUCUCCCCCUGCCCUCUUCUCCUAGCCAGGCCGACAAGCAACAGGAGGGCCAGAGGGAAAUUCAUGUCAAUAUCAUUACUGUCGGUGAGGAACAAGAGGAACAGCCGGUCAAACAAACCAAAUCCAUCAAAAAGGCAGGAUCCAGCAAGAACACCCCCGUUGGAGAGAGGCCGUACCGCUGCUCCGAGUGUGGGAAAGCUUUCAAGGGUUCAUCUGGGUUGAAGUACCACAUGAGGGAUCACACUGGAGAAAGGCCCUACCGUUGCACUGAGUGUGGAAAGAGCUUCAAGAGGUCAUCACUGCUCUCUAUCCAUCAGCGAGUGCAUACAGGGGUACGAGCAUUCCAGUGCCCUCACUGCCCUCUUACUUUCAAGUGGAGCUCUCACUACCAGUAUCACCUGCGGCAGCACACGGGCGAGAGGCCAUAUGUGUGUAAAGAGUGUGGAAAGUCCUUUAAGAACACCAGCUGCCUGCGUAGACACAGCCAGAUGCAUUCUGGCCUGCGGCCUCAUACAUGCUCCAUCUGCUCUAAGUCUUUCUCCCAGACAUCAAAUCUCAAGCAGCAUGAACGAACCCAUUCUGGCGAGAGACCUUUCCAGUGCACACGCUGCAGUAAAAGUUUUACACACUCCUCCAACCUUCAGCUCCACCUUCGCACACACUCUUCGCUCAAAGACUACAAAUGCCCGUACUGCUCCAAAGAGUUUGUCAUGCACUCCUACUUGCAGAGACACAUCCGUACCCAUGGCAGUGGAGUUUCCCUUUCUUGUCCUGGUGGUGGAGGUAAAGACGGUGUGGCUGUGAAAGCCAAUGUGGGAGGAGUUACAACCACCACAACCCUGCUCAACCCCAUAACUCUGGAAGCAUCAGGAAACAAUGGCAGUCUGAUUGUGUCCCAGCCAACACUUAAUAUUCCUCCCAACACGUCCCAGAACUACUUUAUGAUUCAGACAGCCAACGGCCUGCAGCUUAUUCCUCUAUCAUCACCUAUGCCAGUUCUCCCUCCUCCCCCACCACCACCACCACCUCCAUCCCAGUCGCAAAAUUUCCUUCUCCUGCAGUGUCCCUCCAGUAAUGGCAACCAGUCCAGCUUAAUUCUCCUCCCCACAGCAAACAACCCUCCACCAGCUCAUGAGCCUCAGUCCCUCCCUGUCCUUCAGACGAUCCAAGCAUUUCAGCCCGUCCUCAAGCAGACACAAACUCAUAUACCCCAAUUUCCCACUGUAUCCCAGCCACAACAGCAGACCAGGAUCAUAAUUACGAACAAUAACAAUGCACACGCUCCUGUCGCCACACCAACUCACAUCUCAGCCAGCUCCCUGCUGACCAAGCCCAUAUUAGGGAAGAGCACACGGACAGCGCGGGGCAGACGGGGCCGCAAACCAAAAGCUGCUCUUCAGAAGUCCACAGUGGCUUCUGUCAGUCAAACACCAGGCGAACCUGCUCCAGUACCAAGCUGCAAUGUGGCGAGUGGCACUCAGACUGUUGCUGCUGCUGACACCACCACAGUGUUGUCACUGGCUUCUCUGCCCACUGUUUCCUCUUGUCCCCCCUCAACAGCUUGCUCUGCUGUCCCAACGCUUUCAUCCUUCACCACUGUAGCCUCCACAGUGGAUACCUCAGGACCCCCACCAGCUGUUUCCAUGGUUGCACCAGCUACCACAAUAGCCUCAACGUCAGUUUCUACUCUUUCUGCUACUUCAGAGAAGAAAGCUCACUCCUCUGAGAAGGAAGUAAAAAGAAGGGAAACUUUGACAGGGAAACAACAGUUUAUGUUGUGUUUUGAUAAUAAAGGACAAGCAAAGGAGGAGAUGAAAAUUAAUCCAGCUGGGGAGUCAUAUGUGUUACAGUUUGAGGGGAAUAUAUCUGGUGAGGUAGUUGAUGGGGGAAUGGGUGGAGAAGAAAAAUCACUUGUGUUGCCAUUCAAGACAGAUGGACAAGGGGAAAAAGAAAAGGGGGGAGAUAAAGGAGGGAUGAUGUCACUUCUGCGUGAAUGGGGUGCAGAAAAACAGGAUGGAAGUCAAGCAGGAGGGAUGGGAAACCAGGAAGAGUCUUAUGUCCUUCAUUUCCACACUGAGGCACAGGACAGUGGCCCAUCUAGCACUUCCUUUAGCCAAGGGCAAAACAACAGCUUGCAGCUGUCCUGCACACCCACCCAAAAUUUGGUACCCCUUGAUGGGCAGGAGGUAGUGUUUGAACUUGGGGGGGAAAUCAAGAUGGAACAGGAAUCUGAGGAGGGUAUGCAGAUGAUAGCACUGAUCGAAGGUGAAGGAGGGAUGAUGGGAGAGGAGAGGGUGGGUUGCAAUGUCGUAAGCGAUGCAGUCUCUGAAGAAGAAGGAGACAUGGAAAGUAUAUUUCAGCUGGAAAAUGGAGAUGAAAUCGUGAUAAUUGAAGUCAGCACCAGUAGCUUAAGAGAUGGGAGAAUGGAGGGAGGAGGUGAGGGGGAGAUGUCACAAAACAGUGAAGUGAAAUAUGACUGUGUAACAGCAGAUGCUGCAGAAAAGUCAAUGAAAGAAAGCCUGUCAGAGGGCACAGAGGUACAAAUAUCAGCUGAAGAAACAAGAAAUGGCACUACGUCUAGCUAAAGAGAAACCGUUAAGGAAGUGAAUGCCUCAGUUUGUGGGCAGUUUGGUAGCACUUUAGUCAUGUAAAUUCUCCUGGAUUUGAGAGAGAACAUGAAGUUACGUAGGUAAUGUGUUGUAAUGCCAUGGUGCCACUAACUAGAAAUGUUAUACAUUCAAAUAGGCUGUACAUGGACCUCAGAGUAUUCCUGAAUAUAUUAAAUUAUACUGUCAUUGGCAGUUUGUUUAUUAAGUAGAUAUGAUUUUGUGAAAAAUAUUGUACAUGGCCUACUUUCCUGACAAUGUUAAUGGUAAAUAGUAACUAAUUAUUAAAUAUUAUUAAAUAA